AAUCUUAAAUUCGACCGUUGUAAAACCCCUGCUUCCCCGCUCUCUCACUUCACAAUCCUUCAUCCUAAAAUCCCUGCAACAAACUCUCCCACAAUCUUCACUCUCCCUAGUAAGUCAUAACCCCACCUGCUCUUUCACUCUCAUCAAAAGUACAGUAAUGGAAUCAAAACAACAACACCCACUUCACCAAAUAGCCGAAACCCCAACCCACAAACUCCUCCUCAAACAAUGGCUCAAAGAACAAGACCUAAUCCUUGGUCGAGUCUCCCUCAAAGAAUCCCAAAUUGACGGUGUUCGAAAGGAAAUCACAAACCUCUACACAAUCUUCUUCCUAUUCCACUCAUUAUCACUCCUCCUCCUAUUCAACAUCUCCUCCACCGGCUCCUCUGCCGCGGCCUGUAAGAAGUCAUGGGUUCCCUCACUCUGUUCCUUGCUGUUUUCAAUGGCGGUGAUUUGGGCGGUUAGGUAUAAGACCGAUGUGGAGGGUCAUCUUGAGAAGCUGCUGGAAAGGGAGAAGGAAGAUUGGAAGUUGCUAGGGAAGUGUGUGGAGGAGCUUAAGAAAAAAGGGAUUGAAUUUGAUUUGUUGAAGGAGGUGGAUGCGCUUCGAAGAGCGAAAAGUAUGCGGAUUGAGACGAAAGCUGUGAAGAAAUGGUCUGCUAGAGAUUUUGUUUCUCUCUUCUUCUUUGCUCUUUCUUGUAUUUUUCUGGGUCUUACUAGAAUCAUCUUGUGUAGUUAGGAAAACAAAUUUGUUGGGUAAAUUUUGGAAUUUUAUUUGAUUUGGGGUUUUGGUAAGAUGAUUAAUUCGAUUUUUUCCGUUGUUAUUAGUACUGUAAGAUGAUUACUUUGAUUAAGUGCAGAACAUUCUGUUCUGCGUUAUUUGUAAUUUGACAAUACCAAAAAUCAGAAUGUAGCGGUUAUAAUAAUAACAGAAUUUCCUGUGUAA